UGCUUUUAAAAUUAAAAGUAUAUAUAAUAACUUUUGUCUCAAUGGAAAAAAAUGUUUCUAAAGAUACUGACUUUUCUUGGUAUUUCACAAAAGAACAAUUAAAGCAAACAGCAAGUAAAGCUCACAACUAUACGGAUAAACAAAUUGAGCGUUUAAGGGCGGAGGGUGUUUCUUUCGUCCAAGAUAUUGGAAGAUAUAUGAAAAUGCCUCAGCUUGCCAUUGCAACCGCUAUUGUCUUCUUUCAAAGAUUUUAUUUGUACCAGUCUUUUCAAGAUUUUCCUGUACAGGACGUAGGUUCUUGUUGCCUAUUUUUGGCGGGGAAGGUGGAGGAUUCUCCUAAGAAACUUAAGGACAUAAUUAUCAAAAGUACCAGCUUUUCUAGUGGCGUUGAGCUCAAAGAAACAGACGACGAAUACUUUCGAAAAAGAGAAAUUUUGCUUCGAAACGAGAGGAUUUUGCUUCAGACAAUAAGCUUUGAUUUGACUGUUGAACAUCCUUAUCGAUAUCUGCUGAGCUAUGUUAAAGCACUCUCUGGAGAUCGUUAUUUAGCUCAAACGGCAUGGAACUACGUCAAUGAUAGGCACUUGCGGACAACGUUAUGCUUGCAACGCCCUCCUCAGGUUAUUUCUUGCGCGGCCAUUGCUCUAGCGGCCAAGCGCAACAACUACCCUCUACAUGGUCCCGCCGGGAAAGAAGAGCCUUGGUUUCACCAGUUUGUCGGCCAUGACGUUUCCCAGGCCGAUAUGGACGAGAUUGGCCAGCAAAUUUUGGAUUUGUAUACUGAUAAACCUGACCUUCAGGAAGAGGCUUCUAAACGCUACAAUAGUGCGGCGGAGGAUAUUUCUAAAAAGGCUAAAAAUAAGUCUUGAUCUUUUGUAGGCACAAAUUAGUAAUACAGUAAGUAAAGAAUUUUACGUAAGGACUUCUUUUAUCCUCGUGUUUAGACACGAAAUUGUAAGAUUUUAGUCUACAAAGCAACUAUAUUUGUAUAAUAAAGGGGGGAAAAAGAAAGACUAUUAUUUCGAACUUUUAAUAUCAAAAAUAUUUAUUGCAAGUAACUAUAUCCCUGCUGAGGGCUGGAGGAUCCAAGACGACCUGAUCUCACCCGGUAUUU